AUCUGCGGCCUCGUUGACCCAAGAACGGGAGGAAAAACAAAAAACACUCCUGCCUCCGCCCUUACUUCCGCACAUCGUCUCCCUUCAGCCUUCAGCAGUUCGUUCGGCCGCCUCGAGUUCUCCUGCUUUCGCCGCUGCCAGCCUCCUUGUCGCCGCAUCCAGCAGCCUCGUCGUCGCCGGAUCGCCGCCAUUCUUGUCGGCGCCAAUCUGCUACUCUGCUCCGCCUCCAUCUCGCCUCCUCAAGUCCACGUUGCCACUGAUCUGCAACACUGCUCCGCCGUCUGCCCCUAGCCGCAUUCUGUUUUCUCGCUGCUGACUGCACCUGCCUCGUCGCCGACAGGUCCUGCUUCGCCGCCGACUACUCCAUCUGCAGUCUUAAUGGAUGCAGAAGGGAGUUCCCAAAGCCAACUAAAAAUUCCAGAUGCAGCUGCAAGAGAGAGUAGCAACUCUUCUGCACCAUCAAAUCAAAUUGAUGUGGGAGAGUAUGAAUACAAUGAAGGUGGUUUGAAGAAGGCAAAACUGCAAUCAAUGCUGAGAGUGUUGUUGGAUGAUCCUCUGCUGUCUGAUGUCCCCAAGAAUCCGACCUUGGCAGAUGUUGAUACCCUCCUCAGCCUUGAACUUGGCAGUGCCAUGCGUCUCUCUGUCUUAAAACUAGAUGGAACUUCAUUUGAGGUGACAGUGAUGAAUUCAGCAACAGUCAAAGAUUUAAAACUUGCUAUCAAGAAAAAAGUGAAUGACAUGGAGCAAUCCGGUUUGGGUCAUCGCCAUAUUUCUUGGAAGCAUGUAUGGGCAAAUUAUUGCUUGGCAUAUCAUAACAACAAACUCCUACAUGAUGAUGAUCUGCUUCAGAAUUUUGGCAUACGUAAUAAUUCCCAGGUGCAUUUUGUGUCCUUUGUCAUGACCAAAGAGUCUCGUAGGCAUUCAAAGAGGAGAAAGCAUCGCUUUUUUCAUGGCCUUAAUAAGCUUUCACAUGAAAAAAAUUGUGAAGACUGAGCCCAUGGUGUCAUAGCUUGAUAUGAUAUCUUAAAAUGGUUGAGAGGUUGAGUUCUCUUUGUUACCUGCACUAACAGAAACAGGCUAUUAAGGUUGAGUUCUCUUCUUAAAUAAAACAUCAAACAUCUCAUAUUACUCGAUGUGAGACCUUGGGCACCCCAUAAUACCCAAGUCCCUAUCAUACUUCUUUAUAACUAACUAUAUUCAGCUGAAUUUCACUAUUGGUCCAGUACUAAACCCCAAUGUCUUGAGUCCCAACCUUUGAAGUCACCACUCACCAACCACCUAACUCAUAAAAUCCAGUAGUUUAGCAUUUAAUGGAUAGUUAACCUGUGGUUUAGCUUACUUGUUUAGAAAAUCAUUUCUAUUUUCUGAACUCUUAACUUUUUCUGUUCUUUUUAUUUUAAUUUUUUUAAUAAUUAUAAUCCAUAGAAAUUCCCAUCUUUUUGCUGCAAACCUGCCAUCACUACGCCGGAGUUUUAUCCCUUGAAUGUUUGACAAUGUCGUCUGCAAUACAAGAUCAAGUUGCCAUCAUUGAUUGAUUGAGCUCUUGUUGUCACGCUAGAUACUAGAUAGGUUCAAGUGCUCAGUAAUUUUCAUUGUCAAAAUGAAUGUUUAAACUGUUAGUUACAUGUCCUAGAGCUAAUAUAGGGAUAAUGCCAAAAUGGUCUCAAAUUCAAGUAUUCAACUGGUGAAUCAAUCUUGUCCCCCAAUUUCAAAUAUGCCUAAAUAAGUCCCUCAAUUUAACAACCGUGAGUUGCCGUUGGUCAUUUGUAGGACUCAAUUUAGUACUUCCCAUCAUAUUAAAACCCUAAGGCCCCAAUAGUUACAUGUUUAUUUCUUUUGUCUCUCUUCCUCUCAUCCAUUUCUCAGUGAUUUCUGCUUCUAUUUUCGUCUUAUGCUGCUUGUGCUUGCUGGGUCAUGAUGGGUGGUGGGGAGAAAGGUCAAGGAAACUCAAGUGAGGCUAGAGGGCUUUGGGGAUACACUUAAGUGAAAAACACAAUUCCUCUUCAAUAGUGAAAUACCUAGAUACCACCCUCUCCAAUUCUUAAAAGGGUUAUUGUUCAUUAAAGGGCAACGGAGAACAAGAUUUGGAUAAUAAAGAGGAGACUCUUGGAUUAAAUGUGUUUGUGUGGACGAGCUAGAGGUCGUGCAGUUGUGUGGCUCAUCGUUUGCGGGACAAACAUCAAAUUCCACAAGACGUCACUUCAAGAGGUAAAGUAGAAACUACUUUGUGCUCCUAUGAAUUCAGAAGAGAGUGUCAUCAUGCUACUUGGGAACAAAGAUGGCCUUGUGGACCUGAGAAUGAUGUCUACUAUUGGGAAUGUGGAUGGUGGUUUUUCGGAUUGCUAGAAGAGAUUACUCGAGAUAAAGGAAAGAGAAGGGCAGUGCGGUUCACAGAUCACAAGAGUGUAAUGGGGCAUGCACCACGCCGCGCUGCAAACGUUGCUUUUUGACGUAAAAUAAAGAAGUACAGAACACUAGAUGCUAUUAUGCUGGCCUUAGUCGAUUAUAGCGAUGUAGAAUUGUUCGUCUAAUGAUCAUGAUGAAGAAAAGACUUGUCCUUCCCUUCUCCCAUCAAGAAAAAGAUAAAAUUACAAUCUUGUUCUAUACUAGUUUCUCAACAAGCAUUGGGAAAUGUUCUGAACUUCUAAAAUUUAUGAUUUCUUUUUCUAUUAAUAAAGAGUUGAUUGGUCAAUUACUCAAUUCAUAAACAUAAAAAAACGUAUUUAUGCCUUUGAAAAUAACGAUAAACAUUUUUAAUAUAUAGUUAUCAUUUUUAAUAAUUAUAAUUAUCAUAAUAAUAGUAUAAGCAGUAAUUAAAAAACAUCGGCGACAAUAAUAAUAAUGAUAAUAAUUUUCUUGCAACAAAUUAAAUAUAACAU